GAGGAAGGGGCACUAAGGAAAGGAGACCUCCUCAUAGAGUUUUCUUGAAUCAUGAGAGAUGAAAUUGCAACAACAGUUUUCUUUGUCACAAGAUUGGUGAAAAAACAUGGUAAAUUGAGUAAACAGCAAAUAGAAAACUUUGCAGAACAGCUGAUGACUAUCUUGUUUGAAACAUACAGAAGUCACUGGCACUCGGAUUGCCCUUCUAAAGGGCAAGCCUUCAGGUGUAUCAGGAUAAACAAUAAUCAGAAUAAAGAUCCCAUUCUACAAAGGGCUUGUGCUGAAAGUAAUGUGGAUUUUUCUCACCUGGGACUUCCAAAAGAGAUGACCAUAUGGGUAGAUCCCUUUGAGGUUUGCUGUAGGUAUGGUGAGAAAAAUCAUCCAUUUACAGUUGCUUCUUUCAAAGGCAGGUCGGAGGAAGGGGAACUUUUCCAACGAAUCAGUUAUGCUGUUAAUAGGUCCACACUGGACUACUCCAGCACUUCCUCUGAUGAAGAAAGUUGUAACAAAGAACCUCAGAUCAUUCCUAAAGUCAGCAAUCCAAAGAGUAUUUAUCAGGUACAAUGCCCCUGA